GCUCUCGCGGGGCUGCUGUGCGAAGAUGGCGGCCGAACUGGUAGAAGCUAUGAACAUGGUGAAGAGUUUCCGGGUGUCUGACCUGCAGACGCUGCUGGCCUCCAUGGGCCGCAGUAAAAGUGGGUUGAAGCAAGACUUAGUGGGACGAGCUCUUAGGCUUGUGCAAACGGAGUACAGUCCAGAGCUGCUAAAGAACGUCCGACAGCUCUAUGAGACACGCUUCCCAAAAGCAUCAGCCUGGCUGGCUGCUCGACGUCCCGAUGCUGUACCUGUAACAUACCCUGCCCUCAACUCCUCGCCCAGAGGCACAGCCCAGGGCACAGACUACCUCAACGGCAUCCCCAAACCAGCACCACCUCCUGUAGCAGAAGUCAAACUGGUGCCACUGCCAUUCUACCACAACCUAGAAACGCUGCUGCCACCUGCAGAACUAAUCGCUCAGAACAGUGAAAAGCUGCAAGAAAGUCAGCGUGUUUUUGAAUUAACACCAAGCCAAGUGGAACAAAUUCGGAAUUCAAGUGAACUUCGCCCAGGGAUGAAAUCCGUUCAGGUUGUUCUCAGAAUCUGCUACACAGACUCUAUUGGUGUUCAGGAGGACCAGUAUCCUCCCAAUAUUGCUGUGAAAGUGAAUCAGUCCUACUGUCAUGUACCGGGUUACUACCCCUCCAACAAACCAGGUGUUGAGCCACGUCGACCCUGUCGACCGGUCAAUGUAACACCCUGGUUAAACCUCUCCUCAGUCACUAACAGAGUCACCAUCACAUGGGGCAACUUUGGAAAGAGGUACUCUGUGGCAGUGUACCUGGUGAGGGUGUUCACAUCUGCAGAGCUCUUCAACCAACUGAAGCACUGCUCCGUUGAGAGUGCUGAGCGUUGUCGGGAACGCAUUCAGGACAAGCUGCGCUUUGAUCCUGAAAGUGAGAUUGCCACUACAGGACUGCGAGUGUCCCUCAUUUGCCCUCUGGUGAAGAUGAGGCUGGGAGUGCCGUGUCGGGUCCUCACUUGUGCCCACCUGCAGUGUUUCGAUGCAGUCUUCUUCCUCCAAAUGAAUGAAAAGAAACCCACAUGGACUUGCCCUGUAUGUGACAAACCUGCUCCUUUUGAGCUUCUUACUAUUGAUGGGUUGCUAUCAGAGAUCCUUAAGGAGACGCCGGAGGAUGUGGAGGAGAUUGAGUAUUUGACUGAUGGCUCAUGGAGGCCAAUCAGGGAUGACAAAGAGAAGGAAAGAGAGCGAGAAAACAGCCGCUCACCUGACUAUCCAGUGGUGGAUAUAUGUGUUCCUGAGGCGAAUGGACACUCCCCAGCACACAGUGGCUCAAACCAGACCGGGAAAUCUGGAUCGGGUGGCUCGUCGACAGGAACCGGCGGGACCAGCGGUGGGUCAGGAGGUGCGGCAGUGGUGGACCUGACUCUGGAUGACUCAUCAGAUGAGGAAGCGGGGGGAGGGGCUGAGGACAGCGAGGACACAGACGACAGCCAGGACAGCCCAGCCCCAAAGAGGGGCAGAUACGAUUAUGACAAAGACUUGGUCACCGCGUACUGAGACUGGACAGGACACUUGGACUUCUUGGGGAGUAGAUGGGAUCUGAGCCUUGGAAUUUUCAAGAAUUGUGUCCCCAUGUCCUCUCCUGAUAGCAUACAUACAUCCUCUUGACACCCGUGGGAUAUCCACAGAUGCCCCAUAAAGCCAUUCCCUAUAAUUCACUGCAUCUUAAAACUGUAUUUUCCCUUUAAACACCAUGGAAAAGGAACACCAUCUUCAAUUCUCAGUCUCUCAUCUUCUAUAUCAAUUAGCUUUUACAAUCUUAGCCAUUUAAACUCUUACCAUUUUCAAUUUUAUAAGGAUCUGUUCCAGACUCUCCUUCAGGUUUCACAAAAUAUUGCAGAAUCAAAAUGAAAAUGACAUAUGAGUCAAGCCACAAAAAUGUUCUAAAAAUGUUCAUUCCUACAGUAGAGAUGAUACGAACUCCCAGAAUUCAGUUUCGUUUUUUUUAAUUAUUAUUAUUAUUUUUUUUUUUAGGCAUUUUCUGUUCUCGGAUGUCAACAUAAGAUGUUUGUUUCAUUGUGAUUUGGAGACACACUGAAGAAUUUCAAUCUCCUCAUGUCCCUUUUUUGUUUUAAUUUAUCCACAGAUGUUGACAACCUACCUCAGUCUAAAAGCAGACUACACCAGAGGAUUAUAGAAAGGGGGAUGAAUUCUUAAGCAUGAUAUUUCUUUUUUUUUUUUUUCUCAUACAAAAAGCAACACUGGAGAAGAUCAAGCAUUGCUCAUUGCUUUGUAGUUGCCUCAUAAGGCAUCAUAUUAAAAACAGUUCUGUCUUGAGCAGUGAGUUUCCAGUCAAGUCUGUGACAGCAGCGGUCAACAGUGACACCCAGUGGCGUACUAUGCAUAACGGUUUGAGCCCGAGGCCUUGACUAAAUGUGGGCUUGUCACUAAUCAUCACUCAAGAGGGAAUGACGUUUUGACAGUGAUGGUCCUUUUGAGGUGCAAGUAUAUAUUGUACAAUAGAUAAUGUACUGAUAAUGUAUUAUAUCUGAUGAUUUCAUAGAAUAUUGCAGGUCUCAUGUCAAUGUCAUUUUAUUCCUUUCAGUUUUUAUUGCUCAUUAAAGGCUGCUAAAGUGAGCCUGAAGUCACAGCAUGAGAAAUUGUGCACAAGAAAGGCAAAGAUAGUCUUGAUGAAUCAGGGCAAAGAGAGGACAAAAAAACUGUUCCUCUCUUCUAGAUGUGACUGUAGUUAAUAUUAGGUUUAUUUAGCACAGGAUCUUAUGUUGGCAAAAUACCAGAAAUUGUUUUCCUGACAUUCCCUGUACUCAGAAACCGAAGUAAUUUGCAAUCUUUUCAGUUCACUUAGUCCUGCUGUUUGCCUUUUUCUCUUUCUUUUAAGACCAAUGGCUGAUUUACAUAAGGUCUUUUGGGCUUUGGUGUUCAUGACAGGUGUGAUUCUUAAAGAUACGUUCUUUCAUUUGUUGUCAGAAUGAGUAUUUAUUGGUUUUGCUUCUUUUUAUUUGAAUAGCGUUUGGUAUUUGUGCAUUGUGAGGCAUUUGCCAGCAAUUUCCCACUUUUCAAAGGUUCCUUUCUAGGUGCUGAGAUUUUUUGGUUUGAGGCUGGUUUCUAUCGAUGGAGUUUUCAUUAUGAUGGUGGAUAUGCUGUGUCCUCUCUCAGCCUGCUGUUGUCCAAGCACAUUCAGCCAUUUGUGACAGUCCGAACACAAGGAGCUUAGGCAGGACUAUGCAGACUUGAUCUAAACUUCAAGAAAAAAUAAAAAACUUGCGCUUCAUAACCAAACACAAAUGGCACAUCCAGGUGGCUGAUCUGUUACGGAGGACUCUGGGAUUACGGGUUAGUUCUACUUAUCUUUACAUUUUCUUCUCAGCCACAUGAUGCUCAAAUCAGAAUCAACCGGAAUAUUGUGUACAAUAUUACCUUUACCAUCGGGUUGGAAAUGAAGCAAUCUUGGCUGCUCGGAUCUGAACAUUUAGAGGGAUUUUGUUUUGACAGCAUGCAAAAUGAUUCAGGUGUUUUGUUGAAUAGAGAAACCCCCCCCCCCAGGUUUCAGACAAAACCACUGCACGAAGCUCACAUCUAGUGGCAAAGGUUUUUUUCCAACUAAUCCUGAAUUCUGACUUGAAAACGUAGUACUGUAUCCUGUCUGUGCUUUGGAAUGUCUCAGAAGUAUAUUGCCAUGGAGGUCGUCAAAUUGCUUUGUAACUUUAGGUUUGUGUUUAGAGUCGACAUGGUCUUCCACUUUCUCUUCAUGAUAAACCCAGCUUUUGUAUCUUUUUAUUUUAAAGAGUAAUCUGUGCUACAGUUGAUCGUUUCAUAUAAUAAGGCCCAAAUGUAGUACGUACCCCUAAAUUUGACCACACUUUUAAGGUUUUCACAUUUAAGGUAAGGAAUUUAUUAAAUAGACUUCCACCUUUAGAUACAUAGAUCAGUCUAUUAGAAAAAUGUGGCUAAAAUGUAAGCUUGCUGACAAUUAAAAGAUAAAUGGAUGGCGAUUGACAACAAAAUGUAUUUCCAGCUUUGAGGUGUAAACCUAAAUGGCCUUUGUGCAGCCAGGUGAGGUUGAAGUGUAAUGGUUUUUUGACAUAAAGUGGUUCUUUGGGAAUGGAGGCAUACCCUCUUGUUGCAGUGCUUAAGACAGCAUGGACAGUGGCUUGCAGUUCUUUAUGUAAAUGUUUUGUUUGUGUCUUUUUAUAUGUUCAUAUUAAAAUCCAAUAAAAUGAAUAAUAUUUUAUCAAGUUUUGAAUUUCCUCCAGUUGCUGCAACGGGUGGGCACAAAUACAUUGGUUUGUGGUUAAUUCAAGCAUUGCGUAUGGAAAAUGUUAAUUCCUUCAUGAGGGAUUUUACAGUAGGAGCGAGUCCCUGUCCCUGUCUUAAAUGAUUUCAGAAGCUGUAAAAACUCUUAACACCUGUCAAUAAUGUGUGCAAUUAAACUGAUUUGAAAUAAA